AUGAGAUUUGCUAUACUCAUCCUUGUUUUAAGUAUUUGGAUAGUGAAUAAUAGUAUCAUUAAAAAUGGUUGCAGUAAAUUAUAUAUUCCUAUCUAAAAGCAACUAAAUAAAAUAAGAUAUCAAUAUAUCCAACCACUAAUGAAAUUUUAACUUGGUAAAUCAAAUAAGAAUUUUUUGAUGGUGCAGAUCUAACAUAUGCAUUAAAUGACACUUAAUAAAAAGAAUUUUAGAUAAUACAUCCAAUUGAAUAAACUAAAAGAGAUUCUUCACAUAAGAAUGGUAAUGAUCUAUUUCUAUUUUAAAAGUUGCCUCUAAUGUAAUUGCAGCUAAAGUGGCAAGUAAAGCAGAAAGUGGCUUUUGGCUUAACUUAUUCGUAUUCCUAGAUUAAACAGAUGAUGAAGUUUACCUAAAUAUAGCUAACGGGUAUAUAAUCAAUAUUCUAUAUGUUUUAGUACAGAUAUUAAUAAAUCCCCCAAUUUUAAUUAGAGAUAUUUAAUAACUAAAAGAAAUGAUUCUUAAAUAAACUGUUUUGAUGUUGAUUUUUCAUCUACUCAAUAAUAUCUAGUAGAUUGUCAAAGAAAAGUUGUUUUAUAAAAUGAAACAAUCUUAGAAAACAUCUUUUUUGUACUCUCUAAAGAUGGAUCUAAAAUUCAAAGUUUCACCGAAAAAGCCUACAUUUAAACAUUCAAAUAGAGAUCUAUAGGAUAGUACAUAAUAACUAAUGCUAUUGGCGUUACACAUUAAUAUCUUUUUAGAUUUACACCAGCAUAUUCUAUUCGUUUAGAUUCAGAAUUAGCUGAUGACUCUUUAGUAGAAGUAUAUUUAAUGUCUGAAUCUGGUGAACCAUAAAAUACAAACUUUGUUUUAGACAAAGCAGUUUUAGCAGAAUCUUUAGGAGUUCCAUCAGUCAAUUUUUCUUUGGUUGAUUAUUCUGUAUAACCAAAUGGAGAUAUCUAUUUAUUAGAUGCUUACAAUGGUCUUUACAUAGUAAAUUAUUUACCCAAUGGAGAAUGGAAAAUUCAAAAUGUUAUCUACCCAAGAACAGGAUAAUCUUUUGCAUUUAGUGUCAAUUCAUUUAUAAAAGAAGAUGAAACACUUGCACAUUUUAUAGUAGUAUAGGGAUACAAUUAUUUUGUUUUAAUUGAAAAUUCAGAAUUAAAAUACAUUUAUGAUUUACCAUUCAUUCAACUUGAGUAUCCUGCUUAUAUUAAAUUAUCUCAAGAAAAUGUUAUAUUAAGAAAUGAACAUACCAUUUAUUUAUAUAAUAUAGAUACUCAAAAUAUGUAAUUGAAUUCUAGAUUUACUUUGAGUUAAAAGGAUGUGAUUCUACUGAAUCCUUAUUUACCUGAUUUGGUAGUCAUUUCAAAUUUAUUAACUAAAAGAUAUACUUUAUCUAUGGGUUAUUUAAAAUAUAUGGGUAGUACAGAAACUAAAGCCUUAAAAGAUAUUAUAUUGACAGCAUAUGCUCCGAAUGAAUAAAACUGUUCAGUUACGAUUUCUUAUUAAAUAUUAGAUGAUAAAGAUUCUAAACUAUAUAAAUUAUCAGAUUCUGUUAAUCCAUUCCCUAAAACUCUUUUGGAAGGAUCUACUUAAAAAGAAUUGUAACCAUAAGCAUCUGGUCCAAAUUAAUAAUUUGAAUUACUCAAAAAUAAAUUAGAGGAUAAUUAAGUAACUGGAAUAAUCAAUAAAAGAUGGAUAUUAAAUAGUAAUAAUCCUAUUGUUUGGCCUACUAAAGUUUUGUAUGCUGAUGUUUUGGUUUCAGAAAAACAAACUUAAUUUUAUUAAAUUAUUCAAAGUGAUGAUUUUAUUAUAUAAAUUUGGUUAUGUGAAUAAUAUUCAAUAUUUGAAUCAGAUUUCAAUUGUGAUAAAAUUUUGAAUAUUAAUUUAGGAGUUGCUAUUACCAAAUAGACAUUCACAUUAUGGUUUCAUGAUUUAAAAAACAUUUAUUUCAUGUAUAGAGAUACAGAAUUUAGUGUAACAAUCAAAUAUUUUUAUGGUGAAUUGAAGAUUUUGAAGAGAUUAUCUUUUGAUUCAAAAAAUCCUUUGAAUAAAAUAAAAUCAUUAUUUUUUGCAGAUAAUUAUUUCUUUAUUAUUAAAGAAGAUGAUACUAUAAUAGCAUAUUCAACAUAUAGUCAUGAUAAUGAAAUAUUAGCUACAAUAGAUUCGGAAACUUUUAAACCUUACGGCUAUACUUUAAAUUGGAAACCAUAAAGAUUAUUUGGAAAUAGAAAACUUCAUCCUAAUCUUUUAUUUAUAGUUAAUUAAGAAAAUAUUGUUCUUGUUGAUUUUCAUAAUAAAUUUACUUUUUUAUAACAAUAUGCUUUUUAAAAUGGUCUUGAAGUGGAAUUUGCAAUAGGAGAAAAUACUUUCUUUAUAGUUUAUGGUUAAUCGACUUAAGGAGCAAAUGAUGGUAAAAUAGAGGAAUAUGAUUUCUCAAGAUUAAAUAACAUAUUUAAAAUAAAGACAGUUUAAUUAUAUUGGUAUUAAAUAACAUCUCCUUUGACAGUUGAUCAAAGUGAAGAAAAUGGAAAACUUUUUAUUAGAGCCUAUUGUAAACAUUCCUAAAAAGCACAUAUUUUAGUAUUCAAUCCAGAUACUUUACAACAUGAUAGUUUAUAUGAUGCUUGGAGUAUAUCAGACUAAAUUAUUGCUGAUAAUGAUAAAGUUAUUAUGGCUGUUGAUGGAGAUUAAUAAAUGUUCUUGUAUGUUUUUGUGAAAGGUCAAACAACUUUAAUUUCAGAAUUGAAAAAUUCUGUUAUGACACUUAAAGUCAAUUUAGAAUCAGAAGAUUAUAAUACUAAAAUGAAUCUUACUUUAUCUGUAUCUAAUUAUAAAUUCCCAGAUGAACCUUCUAAUACAGUAGAAAUAAAAAAAUAAGUUUAAAUUAUUAACACUUAAUCGUUAAUUUAAAUUGAUAAUUCCAUUUUUCCAUUAUCUAAGAAUGGUGUUAUAAUUAAUUCAAAUGUUCGUUCUAAGAAAGUUGAUUUAGGUACAAGAUGGUUUACUGGUUAAGUAGUAGGAAUUGAUUUAGAAUGCGAAUAAUGUGAAAAUCAUAUUUCAGUAUAAAAUGUUGUAGAAAUGAAUAAUUAAAAAGUUUUCAAUGGAUUUGAAAUUAGAGACUUAAUAAAAUAUGAUGAUUCCACUAAUAUCUUUGUUGCCACUAAGGGAUUGAUAUUCACAAAUCCUGAUAAUUCUUUAAAAGCCAUUUAUCAUUUUGAUUUGCCAACUGCUACUUAUAGAUGUUAUCAAGCAUAAGUUUCUGCUGAUAAAUUACUUAUCUAUGCACUUUGUGAAGACAAAGGAUAAUAUUCUAUUUAUGUUACUGGAUGUAUUUCAGUUACUGGAUGUUCUCCAUUAGGUGAAAAAUUCAGAUUAGAAUAAACAUCUAAAAUUCAAUUGAUUGAUAAUGAUAUUAUGGUUGUUCUACAUACUAAUAAUUUAGAAUACAGUGAUGUUGAUGGUCGUAUUGCUAUUUAUCAAAUAAAAAAAGGAUUAUAUACUUGGAAUCUAGAAGUCUUAGAUGUUAUAGCCACUUAAACUUUAAAUUCUCAAUUGCAUUAACCUUUAGAAUACUUUAGACCAAGUGAUUUCACUAUCAUUAAAUAAUUCAAAACUGAGACUUAAUAAACUCUCUAUAAAUUAAUAAUAAGUAAUUCGAAAAAUGGACUUGUAUUCUACGAUUUUACAUUAAAUAAUUUCAGAUAUCAAUUUGAAUCUGUUGAAUCAUUAGAUUUAUACUAAUAUUUGAAUUAUGAAGUUGAUUAAUAUGCAUUUGAAAAUACCCACUUCUAAUAAAUUAGAUUAAUUGAAUAACCAAAAUAUAAUCCGACAGAAUAAUCAAUUUAAUUCUAACUUUUAGUUUAAACAAAUAAUGCGGCUCAUUAUGGAAUUUCAUUUUAAUUUAAAAAGUCAAUUGAUUCUUAAUCAACAAAAAUUGAAUCAAAGCAAUUAGAUUUUGUAUUAAAUAGAUAUUCAAAUUGGCCAUCCAUUAAUAAAAUUGCUGUCAAUUCCAAUUACAUUGCAAUUCCUUAUUUUAAUGAUAAUUCAUUAUUAAUUGGUCUCUAUUAAAAAUCAUCUGUUAGUCCAAUGACAAUUGUGAGUGGAACUUAUUUAUAAUAUUAUUAAGGAUAAUUUUUAUCAACAUUGAAUAUGGCUUUAUUCUUUGAUCUUCAAUAAUAAGAAUAGCUCUAUGCAAGUGAAUUAACAGGUCCAUUGAAUAGUUAUACAUUAUAAAAUUCACCAAUCAUUCUUUUCAAUAAUAAAAAUGGAGAUUUGAAGAGUUAAAAUGUUGUAGUGAUUUUAUAAAAUGAUUUCAAUAUUGAAAAAACAUAAUUCGAAUUAUAGAUUAAACCUAUAGAUUAAAAUGAAUGUACAACUAAGAUAACCAAUAUUAAGAUUUAUCCUUCAACUUCUGAAAUCUUAUAAUGGUAAUUAUCAAAUGGAAUUUUUGAAGGAGUUGGUUUGUAAUAUAGUCUAGACAAUAAUUAAGAUUUUACAAUUGUUUAACCUAUUAAUAAAGUUAGUUCAAGCUAACAUAUGACAACAGGUAAAUAUUUAAAUAUAUAUAUUUAGCUAUUGGAACUGUCUAAUCAAUUAAAUCUCAAAACUCCUGGAAUGGUCAUUUUGCAUUCCUAGAUAAGAGUGCUAUUUCUAAUGGUUUAUAUUAUACAAAAACUCAAGCAUAAAAAAAUGAAGCUCCUCAUUUCACUGAUAUGGUUCAUAUAGAUCCAGAAAUACCUUCAAUAUAAUGUUUCGAUUUUGAUUAUUUAAGUAUGGAUCCAGAAUCAUCUGAUAGUUUCUUAAUUGAUUGUCAAUAUCAAUCUUAAAAAAUCAUUUAUUAAAUCAAGGAAAAAUAAUUGAAAGCUAUUUCUAAAAUAGAAUCUUAAUUUACAAUAAAUAAAUUAAGGUGGUUUAAUAAAUUUUAUAAUAAUUAAGGUUUAUCCUAUUUUGUAAGACUCACUCCUGCUUUUUCAAAUUCCUAAGAAGAUUAAGUUGGUAAAGUUUCAUUAGUAGAACUAUUCUAUUUCAACAGUAAUGACAUUACCUUAUAAUCGACUAUUGAUAAUACUGUAUUGGCUGGAUUGUUAAAGAAAGAAAAGACAGAUUUUAUGUUGGUUGAUUAUAAAGUUUAAAAUGAUGGAAUUUUAUUUUUAUUAGAUCAGAAAUUAGGACUUAUAAAACUAUAAUUUGAUUUUAAAUCAUAAAGUUGGAAACUUUUGGAUUAAUUACAUUUAAAUCUUUAAUAGUUUAUAGCUUUUGAUAUUGAUGAUUAUACCAACGAAUAAGGUUAGGUAGUUUAACAUACUGUUUUAUUAAGUUAUAAUUACUUUUUGGUGUUGGAAAAUAAGGUGAUUGUUAAAGUUAGAGAUUUAGAAUAUUUCACUGCAACAUAUCCUUAGCAUAUAGAAUUAAGAUAAAAAAAUGUCUUUAUCAAAAAUGAUAAUACUCUUUUUAUUUAUGGAUUUAGUGAUCAAUCCAUAACAUUGUUAGAUUAAAGUGUUAUUUAAGGGGGAUAUUUAGUUGAUAAAGAAAAAUAAUAUAUAACUGUUGGAUAGAAAGAAUCUAAUUUAUAUCAUUAUAGUCAAGGAGCUUUAAAAUAUGAAUUUAAAUCUGGAUAAAUUAAAGAAGGAGAAAUUAAAAUACAGGCUUUAUCCAUAAAUAAUUAGUAAUGUUAAUCAAAUAUUAAAUAUUCUCUAAUAAAAAGUGAUGAUCAAAGUAUUUAUAAGAAAACUGACUCUGAAUCUCCUUUUCCAAAUGCAGUAGAUGAAACAACUUCUAUUGAUUUAGGAGGAUUAACUUCAGGUCCAAAUUAAUAAUAUGAGGUUAUAUGGGAAGUCCCAGAAGGUAAUCCAUUAAUUGUAAAUUCAUUCAAAGAUGAUUAAGUUAAAGUUAUAUAGGGUACUAUUUAUGGUACUUAAGGCUUGCCUAUUACAUAAUUAUUUUAAUCUUCAAUUGUUACAACCAAAUUAAUUUACAAAAUAGUUUAAUAGAAGGAUAAAUCUCUAUUAAUUUUCUCAGCAUUAAUCAAUGAUGAUCCAGAUACUAAAUCAUUUAAGUUUUCUGAAAUCGGAAAGAGCAUAAAUGUUUCUGUUGAAUUAAAUGAUUAAACAUUUACUAUGUGGAAUAAGUAAGAUAGUGAUUUUGUUUAUUUUGCAACCCUAAUAAAUAAACAUUAACUUGAUAUAUAUCGUAUAUUUUAGGUUUGGAAAAUAGAACUAAUACAAACACUUUAAUUCCCUUAAGAAGAUGAUGAUUAAGAAAUAAUUAGCAUUUUAAAUUAGGGCACAGAUUUAUUAAUAUUAAUAAAGAAUGGACUGUUAAUUAGUUUAAACAUUUAAGAUUUGAAAAUGCAGAAUUGUUUAAGUGAAACUUAAUUAAAGAAAUUUAAUUUUGAAUGGAAACCUUUGAAAUUGUUUGGAAAUAGAAUAUUAAAAUCAAACAUUUUAUUUGUUUAAAAUGAAAAAAAUAUUUUAAUCUUGAAUUAGGUUGAUAAUAAGUUCAAUUUAAUAUAAUCUAUAGAUUAUAAUAUGAAUAAUGAAAUAUAUAUUUCAGCUGCUUAGAAUACAUUCUUUUUAGUUAACAAUAAAGAGAUAUUUGAAUAUAAUUAUGAAAACUUAUUAAAUGUUUAUAAAUCUAAGACUGUUGAAUUAUUUGGAUAUUAAAUAGUUAAUCCUUUACUUGUUACAUCAUAAUUAUCAACUGGUAAUUUAAUAAUAAAAACAAAAAAAGGAGAAAAAAAUUAUUUAAAUAUUUUUAAACCUUCCUAAGCAUAACAUGAUACAUUUUAUUUAACUUAUGAAUUAGAUACUGUUAAUUCAGCAUUAUCAGUAGCAAAUGAUGAUUCAAUGUUUAUUAGUUUAAACAAUGCUUUAUAAUCAUCAAUUCUUAAAGUUGAACAAUCUCCACUUUUAGUUUUCGAUCCUAAAUUUGAUGCAAAGACUUACUUGAAAAAUAUAAAGGUUACAUUAAAUGUAAAAAAUAAGGAUGAUGAUAAGAAUCAAGCUAAAUUCAUUUAAACAUUAAAGUUUUAAAACUCAUACUCCUAAUUAAGUCUUAACAAUGUUAACUAUAGUAUUUAGACAAACUCAACAUAGACAGUGGAAAUUGAAAUAGCAGAAGCAGUCAUAGGUUAAACAAUUUAAACAUCUCUAAAAACCUUUUAUGACACAUAAGGUUAGAUUAGUUUAAAGUCAAGAGUUUAGCUUAUCAAAAACUAGAAUAUAACUAAUUCUUAAAUAAAUUAUGGAUACUCAAAAGAUUAAAAUGAUUCAUCAUCAUUCCUAAUUUAUUUAUAAGCUAAGAAUACUUUAUUAUUAGGAGUUAAUGAAGGGGAUAAUCUUGCAUUUAUUUAAGCUGAUUAUACACUUCCAGAUCAAUACAAUUGUUUUAGAUUAGACAAUUACUAAAAUAGGUUUUAUUCAAUAUGUAAUAAUGGAAAUGAGAAUGAAUUAGUGUUAUCAGAUUGUGAAAAUUAAAAUUGUAAGUUAAUUCAAUCCUAUAUACCAAUACCUAAUGGAAAUCAAGUUAUAGCACCUUAUGAAAAUUACGUCUUUGUAUUAUUUUAUAAUCCAUCAGACCCAAAAGAAUAGGAUGGAGAGUAUAAGGUUUAUAAAAUGAUCUAUGAAGGUGAUUUCUAUAUUCAAAAAGAAGUUAUGACAAUUAAUUUAGAAUUCAUAUAAUAAAAUAUAAAUUCUAAAGCAACUAAAUAUAGACCAUCAAGUAUGACAGGAGUUGGCACUUAAAUAGAUAAAGAUCUUUAUAUAUAUUUAUUGAUGGUAACAAAUUGUUUAGAUGAAUUGAUGUUUAAUAAUUUUGUAUUCUAAUAAGGGGAUAUUUAACCAUCUGGAAUAAGUUCUAUUUCAUUAAAGAAAUUAUUAAAUAAUUACAUUAUAGAUCAAACCCUAUUCUUAUCAACUUAAGUAAUCUCUUCAAAAUUUGAGAAUGAUAACUUAACAGUAGAAUUAGUCAUUUUAACUUCAGAUUCAGGUUCAUUCUAGAUUAUGUUAAAGUUUAAAUAUAAUAAGGAAGGAAAGAAGUUUGAAAAUCAGUAAUCUGAAUUAAUAAGAGCAUUUGUUAAAUAUGGAGAUUGGAAGGUCUUAAAUUAUUUAACAGUUGAUAAAUCAUCCAUUGCAGUUGCUUAUCACAAUGAAAAUAAAGUAACAGUAGGAGUUUAUUAAUAUACAAAAGAAAGUUCUUUUGUUUUGAUAUCUGGAGGCUAUCAAUUUGAAGUUACAAAUAUACAAGAUUUAAGUUCAUAAAACUUUUUAAUGUUAUUAUAAGUAUUUAUUUAAAUUUUAUUUAAAGUCAAAUUAUUUAUUCGGUAGUAAUCCAAAUAAUAAAGGACUAGAAAAAUAUUCAUUAAAUUCUAAUAAUUUAAUUAUAAUCCAAGAUCCUCAGAAAUAAGAAAGCUAAAAUUUAACUUUGACUUUUUCAAAUGACUUCUCUACAAUUCAAUAAAAAUUUUAAUUACAAAUUAUACCAAAUAAUGAUGAUGAUGAUGAAAGUAAGGGAUUAGGAGCAGUUUGGAUAGUAUUAAUUGUACUUGGAAGCUUUGUAUGUUUAAUAUUAAUGGGUUAUGGAUAUUAUAAAACACAGAGUCCAAAAGAAGAAGAAGGAGAUUAAUUAGUAUGAAACAUAAGUAUAAAUAUAGAAAAUUUUUAUUUAAAAUACAUAAAAUA